CGCGCACUCCGAGAUCUGGACCGAGAUCAUGUCCGCGCGCCGCCGCCGCCAACCGCCACGCUUGCACUGAAGCAUACAUCUCAUCAUCAAUCUCCACGGCGUCCAUGAGAUUGGAUUCGGCGGCGGUGGAGACUUUUCUGGGAUGAUCGCGCGAUGGAGCGAACCCUAACUCGAGGACUUACACGGUGAUCAUCGAAUCAUUUGGUUAGGUCGGGAAUCUUGAACCGGCGGUGAGAGAUUUUCAGGAUGUUGCCGAUGAUGAGGACCCGGCGAACUUCGAAGCAGUAUAACGUUCUCGCUGAAGCUUUAUCGGCAUUGGAUCGGUUCGAUGAGCUUGAUUCAUUGGUUAAAGAGAUGAAAUCUGAUGGGAUUCUCGCUGGUCGAACGAUGCGUGAAUCCAUCGCGAAGCUUAGAUCCGCCGGUUUCGUCGAAUCCACUGACGAAUACGUCGAUGAAUUGGCUCCGAAUGCAAAGAUUGGGUGUGUCGUUGAUGAAUCCGAUGAAGAAACCGAUGAUGAUGAUGAUGAAGCGGGGGAUGAGAUUACCGUGAGUGACCGGAUCCGGUUAAAACCAUGGUUGGAUCCGAUAUCACUAACUCGAGCCCUUAACGGGUGGGACCCGUCAGAGGUGAAGGCGCUCGAAUCGGCCGGAUUCGUCUGGACGCCGCGCUUGGUAUGCAAAAUCCUCCGGUCAUUCAGAAAACCCGAACCCGCAUGGGAGUUCUUCUGUUGGGUCUCGUACCAACCGGGUGACUUCACCCACAACCCGCAAACCGUAUCCAGAAUGAUCGCCACCCUUGCCCGAUCGGGUCAUGUCGAGUUAAUCGAGAGACUGCUCUCUAAAUUAAAAUCCGAACAAAUCUUGCUCCCGUUCGCUACUAUUAGGUUAGCUAUCGACUUCUACGGGUUAUCGAAGAAACCCGAACCCGCCAUCAAACUCUACCGCAGUGCGGAGUCAAUUUGCGGCCCGUUAACCCAAACGAACCGGGUGUUACUGUGUUCUUCCUUGCUACGAACCGUUGUCAAGUGUAGGAGGAAGUACGAGGCAAUGGAGUUGCUAGAGGAGAUGAUGGGUGAUGGGGUCUUAUUGGAUAUCCAAACGUUCUCGGGUUUGAUGCAGUUUUUUGCCGAGGAGGGAGAUUUGAAGAGUGUGCACAAGUUAUUUGGGCUUGUGAGGCAAUGUGGGCUCGAGCCCGAUGGGUACAUGUACCGUGUUUUGAUCCGGGCUUAUUGUAAGAAUGAGCGAGCCGUGCUGGGCUUGAGAGUGUUUGAGGAGAUGAGGAGUUUGGGCUUAGUUCUUGACCGGGGGACGAAGGGGUUGCUUGUGAAGAGCUUGUGGAAGGAGGGGAAACUACGGGAGGCGGCCGCGGUGGAGGAGAGGUUCGAGGGGUUGGGGGAGAGGAUUCCAACGGUUUUGCCGGGGCAUGUUUGGACGGUGAGCGAGGCAGAUUUCCGGAGGGUUUGUGAUAUUUAUUCCGGUUGUUUUAAGAGAGGGGAGAGUUGAAAUUGGAAAAUUGAGAGAUUGCUUGUGUAUAUCGUGGUCCAAAAGCGGUCUAUCUGAUAUCAAUGCAAAGCAAGGGCAAGCAAUUCUCCGAAAUUGUGACUGGAAGUCUGGAAUUGUAACUUAUAAAUGGAGGGAUUUUGAGUUGUCUACUGUCACCGAGGAAUGUUCGGUUGCUUUCUGCAAUUUUUUGUCAAUUCCCUCUUUUGUGGUAUCAAAAUACUUGCAAAGAAGAGAGUACUUUUUGCUAUAAUUAACUGAGAUGAAUGCGUUUGUUACUGAGAGUUAGCCGAUGUUUCAUGAGACCCGCCUCUUGUCUGAGAUCUGUUGUGAGCUGCACUGCGCAAUUUUCUCAACGUGCAUCUAGUCAUUGCUUUGCUUCCCCAGUUUAGCAGGGGUGAUAGCAGAAAAUUGAUAAUGAUGACGCAAGUAUGUCGACAUUCUGUCGACGUCAAUCAAAACAGCUUAUUUCAAGGGUAGCAAUGCAAUUUAAAAAAAAAAAAAAUAGAAAAACAAAAUCCAUUCUAAUGCAGAGCAAGUUCUCCCACCUGCUUUGCCCUGGCUUUCCUCUGAAUCCUGGGGUCUUCGACGAUGCUCGCCUCCUUCGUUAGCUGCCUCGUCAAAUUUCUCAAGGUUCAAAGGGAAGGAGGGGUCUCGAUACGAGCCUUUCGAUGCACGUGAUAUCUUUUGAGUUACUUUGGGUCUCCUCGGACCACCUCUUGCGACGAGUAACUCGUAUUUCUUGGUAAUUACUGGGUGAAAUAUGAAUUGCUCGUGCUGCUGAAACAGUAAACAGGGGAUGCCGGAAGUCGUUGGGUUUCAUAUUUUAAUCCGUGGACGCUAUGGGCCAGGAAGCAAUACCAAUCAAGGAUGCGUAUACAUGGCCCAAUGACAGGCCAUGGGCAGCCCAUGUGGCCCAGCAACCGGUAACAUCACCGCGGUCUUCUUGACUUCAAGGGUUUCGCUCCGCAGCAGAUACCCGAGCGGUAACCAGAACUCACUAAUAUCGAUCUCAUUGCGUUUAUACGAUCCAG